AUGGCCUCCGUAGACUGUUACGAACCAAACCUCCUCUAUGAGAAAGCCCAUACCACGCCUGAUGAACCCUCAGCUUCGACCGUGCUGAGUCGCUUGGAGGUCUGGUUCUCUAAUUCGUCGUCGGCAACACCUCAACACAUCUAUCUCGACCUUCACCGUGAUGACAAUUCGGAUGCAUCUUCGCAUUCCAACUUCGUGCUAGACAAUUUCUUGUCUUCUGAGCAUGAGUGCGUGAAAAGGGUUACGGUUUUACUGUCAGACCAUCUCGUAAAUCUGUUCAAGCAGGAUCCAACUUCAAAUCUACCAUCUCAUCGUCGGUUCGGGUUUGCUUUAACUGGUGAUACCUUGUCCGAUCCUCUUCCUCCCCCAUCAAUUUCGCAUACUGCUAUCAUAUCCGACCCUCAAGUCCCCAAAAUCCAUUACUCUUCCUUGAAGUUUCUGGAGGCGAGGGAAAUCCGUCCAAAUAUCCGGAUUGCGAAAUCACCAGCUAGACCGGGAUCGGAAGCACCACAAACAAAAUGCAUUUAUAAAGCUGUAGACUUCGCAAGAGAGGCAUCUAGUCUUAGCUUCGAAGUCACUAAUUAUAAGAGAUUGGUGGCUAAAGGACCCGAGCUCGAGAAAUGGCUUGUAAAGAUAGUUGGGUUGGUUUACAUCCAUGACAUCGAAGAUGAAGAAACAAUCGAUACCUUAAAGCUCGCUGCUACCGAUAGUGCGGUAGAAGAUGAACUGGAGGAGGUCAAUACCCAAUUCAUUGGAGCUUUGUUCACGUACCACCCCCAGAGAGAUCUAUCGACUCACUGUUACACCACUAUUAUUCCGGAGGAAAUCAAAAUUUGUUGGUUCCGCCAGAUCGUUCACGCUAUUGCCGCGUUAGAGUCCGCAGGCUUCGAACACUGGGACCUCAAAUGCGAAAAUAUAGUCUUGGAUACGGCUGAUGGGCUCCCAGAGGAGCAAUAUACAAAUCACAUCUUGGCAUCUGACGAUAUUACAACCGCGAGGGUAACAAUCGAAAGAAAUCGCUUAGAAAGGAGGAGUAGCACCACGACCAAACCAUCGCCAAUAAACCCCGGAAAACUGAAGAUUAUUGACCUCGAGAAUUCGAAGAGCUCGGCAGCAUUUAGGCCACAGUCUAUGGCGGGGCAAGGGCAUCAUGGGCAUCAUGAUCCGAGCAAGAGAAGGGAAUCCGUAGACCAACACCCAGAGUUAGGAAUCAGUAUGGUCUAUGCAAUGGGGAAAACUAUACUAGAAAUUUGGGCCGGUAAAAUGCCAGAUGUUGGGGAUCCCACGGAAAAGGAACUAAAUUUAUUGCCGGAAACAGCUAAGAAGGUGGUUCAAUUAUGCUGCUCGAACGAGACUAGAAUAUCGGCUGCCGAAGUAAAACGUUUUACUGAUGAUUUGUUCGCCCACCUCCACGACGAUGAUGAGAUACAUGAAUAG